AUGGCGUCGAGCAGCCAGGGCCGCCUGGCCUUCAAAAUGAACAAGACCUGCGACCAGUGCAGGCAUCGCAAGAUCCGGUGCAUCGUGCCCGACACUCCGCCUGGCACGCCGCCAACAUGCAUCUACUGUACAAAACGUGGCCAACCCUGUCACUUUAGCAUCUUCCGCCGCAAAGUCCGCAUCCGAGUCCCCGAUUCCUUCUCCUCCCACGCCCAAUAUUCUGGUGAACUAGCCCCUGAUGAGUUACUUGUUGAUCGUCUUCUUCAAUAUGGGCCUCAGAAUGUCAUCCUGCCAGAUGAGACAAGCAUCUUGACGGCGCCGGAUGAGCAAGUCUUGAGCUCUGGAUUGGCGUUCUUCUCUGAGCAAAAGGUAGCAUCAUUGACUCAAAAGAUUGGCAACACUCGUCUUCAAGACAUCGUCAAGAAGUUGGAUGACUACAUUGCUUCUCGUCUUGGGCUUACCGAUGAACCCAUCUGGCCACCCAUCAACUUUGACAAACCAGAACAAAAAGACCGACCUACGCCAACCGAGACUCGCUCCUAUAUUCAAGCGUACUUUAUCAAUCUUCAUCCGGUAUAUCCCUUCCUUGACCAGGAAGAGUUUGAAAGCCAGGCAUUUAGUCCAAAUCUAGAUGGAAUAUUGAAGCAAAGCCCGGCAUUUUCGGCUCUGUACCAUUGCAUCUUGGCUCUGGGUAGUCAGUACCUUCAGUGUGGAACAUUUGAACCUGGUAAUGGAAGAUCAUGGCGAUAUUUUCAGGUGGCCCUGGGCCACAUGUCGGAUAUCAUUCUCCCUCGAGAGUCCAUCGAAAGCGUCCAGUCUAUAUUUUCUAUGAAUCUCUGUGGCCUCCAAAUCUCAGACACCCUCAUUUCACAGGCUGCUAGGAUGGUUGUCACCCUUCGCUAUCAUAAGGAUAUCGUCUCUGAACCCAAACACUUGAGAGUGUUUUGGGUGAUUUAUGCCCUCGAGAAACAACAAGCUAUCCAUGGACGCACAUGCUCUCUUAUCCCUGACGAGGAUAUUGCUUGUGUAGUUCCCGCAUUUCCGGAGGCACAGGUUGGGACCUUCAAUUGGUUUGUCGCCUUCAUUCGAAUUGGGCGGAUCAGCUCCAUCGUGUACAACUCACUCUUUUCGAUCAGUGCGUCACUGAGAUCCAAAGAAUCCUACCAGAUUGCAAUGAGCCACAUCCGGCGUAUUCUCGAGGACUGGCGCCAGUCAAUACCAGCCGACUACCGGCCCGGAGAUUCAGCAAGCUUUCCGGCGUCGCCGACGACUGUGAGCAUUUCACUCAUCGCGCUCCAGGUUCACUACAGCUAUUAUCAUAUCAUAAUUGCCCUCGAGCGUCUUACUCUGCACCUUGAGCUCGAGCAGGGUGACAAGGGACAAAUGAGCAAGCAGAGGUUGAUGAAUACAGCAAGAACGAUUAUUGAGUUGACGAAGCAUAUUGAUGUGCAGCCUUAUGUUCCUAUUUUCAUUUUGACCGUCCUGCCUCUGGCGGGAGUAUUCAUACUCUUUGACUUUGUCAUCCACAAUCCGUAUCACCGUGAAUCAAGGACGAACCUAUCCUUGCUGGACUCAGCGGCAGGGUACUUCAGCCUCGUCUCUCUUGCGUCUGAUCGAGCGAUGCCAAGCACCAUUAUGUCAGAAUUUGCAGAGAUCGCAAGAGAGUACUACUGGAAGAGUCAGCAAGCUAAGCUCCAAUCGUCACAAAUGCCGAUGGAUCCUCCCAGCUUGCCGGUGACGAUGAUGCCGGAGUCGACGGUGACCCAAGACAUGGAUCAGCUACCGCAGCAACAAGCGUUUGUUGCACCACAUGGAGCUUUUCAAAUGGGCGUUUCGGAAUCAACCUCAAUCCCUAGCAUGGAGUAUAUCUCUGAUCCGCAGAUUGGUACACCCGUGCCCUCGGAGUACUUGAACUACCCGACGCCAAUGAAUUUCGAAGCAGCUUCAGAUUUCCAAACGGCCGAAUCGGGCGACCUCAGAUCAAUGUUUGGAUGGGUCUAUCCUGAAUGGGCUGUUGGGGGCAUUGAUCUGGAUUCCUUGAACCUGGAACAGCCAGAAUUCCAUGGCGAGGGCCUGUAA